AUCAUAUGUGCAGGGGCCAAAAGGAACAUUUAGUUGAGGUAGCCAUGGCACAAGUAUCUUGGGUUCUUCUUUUGGCGACCGUUUUAUCGAGUCUUAACCCCGUGUAUCCAGAUCCUUGUUCUAAUUAUAAGUCUAUUAACGAUCCUUACCGCAGUGCUGUCUACCGACGAGGAAAUCAUGAGGUAGCCAUAUGUGACAACAUGCUUUCUCCAGGCUGGUAUAGGUUCACUAGUAUAGUUGGAGGACAAAUACCAACCACAAAACCAGAACCACAUUUCUGUGGUACAGUAGCACCAAUAUGGAUGAGAGGAACACAUCCUGUUACCAAAGGACAAGUCUCGAAUGUCACCGCAUGUACUAACUUUAACAAUAGAGGUAACGGCUGCAAAUUUCGGCUGCUUAUAUCGGUCAAAAAUUGUGGAUCGUUUUUCGUAUAUUAUCUAAAGCCGAGCAGAGGAUGUUCCAUGGCUUACUGUGCAGGUAAUUUGUUGCCAUGUCCAAAGGGGCAGAUGGGAAUUGUUCCAAACUGCACAGUUUCAGUUGUUAUGCCGUUUCCAUAUCAUCUUGUUCCAACACCAAACAUCACAGCUUUGGCUCAUGACAAUCUUGAAGCUAGUUUGCGAUGCAACUUCGUUUUUCCUCUGUGGAAGAACGUAUCAUUUUACGUCGAGUGGUUUGCUGAUGGACGUUCGAUUUCAAAUGAUACCUCAAUUUGUGAAAACCAAAUUCCCGACGGUGAUGUUCCACCAUGUACCCAAAGACAUACUGAAAUCGGAACAAGAACUAGUACUCAAACUUUUCGAGCUGGCCACAGGGUUCGCUGUAGACUUCGUAUGAAAUACUCAACAAGUACACAAAACAAAUGGACAACACUUUGGAGAGACAGCGAUUAUUUCUAUGUUGGCAUCGAGGUUACUCCAUCUCAUAUUCAAAUAGAUGUCAAGGAGUGUGACAAGGAUACRACAAAAACCGUCUUCUUUCGACCAACUAUACCCGUUUUGCCCGAACGGCAUUCAGUCAUCGAUCAUGUUCCUGUUCUCAUAUAUAUACCAUCCAAAUUUUCAAACCAGGAUCGGCAAAGUGCAGUGGACAGUUGUCAAAUAAAAAUGAAAGGCACAGAGAUAAAAGAACUUAAGAUCAAAGGAAUCUGUGACAACCAAGACGAUCCAGCUAAUUCCGUACUGGAGUACCAUUUUGGUAUUUUGAGCACACAUCCAUUUUGGGGCCUAUACAGAUUACCAUCUCUAAGGGUAUCAGUUAGAAACACUGCAACGAAGGAAUGUCAUAGCGUAAGCGAUCCACGUUACGCGACAUUUGAUGGAACCGGCUACUCUAUGAUGGAACCUGGUGUCUACGUUCUUUUUAAAGAUAGAAGGCGUAACGUUGAGAUUCACUCCCGGGUGUGGCUUUGUAGUCCUAGUGUUACAUGUAACUGUGGUGUAGCAAUACGAGAAGGUAAUGAUGUGAUCGAGGUUAGUGUUUGUCAUUCACUACGUACUUUCCACGAACCAAAUCGACUUAGAACUAUGGUUCGUAGCACUGGCCCACUUGCCCGUGGAAUGCACAUCUACCGUCAAGGAAGUGGAAGCUCAUCAACUACUGAUGUGAUUCUGCCAUCUGGUAUUCGAAUCAAAAUUAAACGCUAUGGCUGGGGAGUUAGUCUAUUCGUCAAUGCGUUUCAAGAGAACUCUAAAAGCAUUCAAGGACUUUGCGGAAAUUUUAAUAACGACCCAACUGAUGACUUUAACAACGGAGGAGACAAACAAAACCAUGCAGAUUCUGCUUCUUUUGCAAGAAGUUGGAGGAUAACUUCACGAAUGAGUUAUUUCGAAGCAUUACCACCAGUUGUAAGCGUACCAGUAACAGGACAGUCGUGUUUUUGCCCUACUGGAAAAACCACACACGAUGUAGAAGAGUGUGACGACACAGUAAACUACUUCCAAAACUUCGAUAACCACCAGGGAGAAGAUAUCACACAAAAUUUGGAUCGAAUCGCAAGGUCUGUGCGAGAGACCACAUAUACAGACGAUAUCAUUGAGUAUGAAGUAAAAAGUUUCUUCGAAGAUAGCGAAGAGGCGCACUUUGCUGAAGCACGAAUACGUUCUAAAAGACAAAUAGAAGAGGGAGGUUUUAUGUCUAAAGAAAAUGCCACCAAAUAUUGUAAAAAAGCUAUAGAAGGCUCGAUUGGGGGAAAAACAUGCAGUAACUUAGUCGGAACCAAUCUAACAGGAUUCAUUAUGGAGUGUAUUGAAGAUUUGACGAUAACUGGCGACACACGUUUCGUUGAAUCGGCCUUUGAUUCCAUGAAGAACGGGUGUGAAGAAAAGGCCCUGCGAAAUGUGUCACUUUUUAAAAGAGACUCGAGYGGAAAGCUUAGGCCACCAGAGGAAAUAGGCAAUGUAUUGUGUCCUAACGAUUGCAAUAACCAUGGUAACUGUACAAACAGAACGUGCAUCUGUGAGGAAGGAUAUACGGCAGCUGAUUGCUCGAUGGCCGUCAACACCAUUCCUGAACUUUUGGGGAUCUACGACGGUGGCUUGUGUGACAUUCGCCGAAGACCUUGUAAAAAGACAGACAUAUUUGGACAAGAUUUCCUGGACUCAGAAAACCUAACCUGCCAUGCCCAGGAAUUUAAGAUCAUGCCAGGCAAUUGGCGUCCAAAGGCGUAUACGAUGAAGUUUCCUGGARAAAAGGUGGAUUUAUUUGCAGUAAAGUGCAACCUUCCAGAACCACCGACGAUACUGGGUGACUAUGACCACGAGGGGACCCCCGUAGGGGGACUUUUGAUAUCUGUGUCAAACGAUGGUGUACAUCCCAGUCAGCAGCAAGUGAGAUUUGUUUCAUAUGACUCCAUUUGUAUAACGUGUAACAAGUCAAGCAACUGCUCUUUAAGGGACGAUUCUUGUGUAAUCAAUGGACAUUGCUUUGCGGAAAAUCAAGGUAAUCCACGUGACUGGUGCCUAAAAUGCAUGCCGGGACACUCACAGUAUAGUUGGACAUCGAGAUUAGAUAAUCAUCCACCACAGUUUGCAAAGAAUCAAUCUACCCGAUACGCUAUCUAUGGAGAGUACCUUCCAUUGCAGUUGAAGGCAACAGACCCUGAUAACCGUCCUGUUACAUACUCUCUGAUAAGUUCGACUGCUACUGGUUAUACAUUCAGUCCUACUGGUCUGUUGACAUGGAAAACGAAUUCACGAACUAACCAACAGUUUGCGUUUAAAGUCACUGACGAGUGUAACGCUACUGAUUCCAUAACCAUCACUAUACGUAUUACUACUUGUCCGUGUCAAAAUGGAGCCAAAUGUUCACCCCACCCCUACUACCCACGGGGGUCUGGUCAGUACUAUUGUAUCUGUCCUCAAGGAUUUACUGGGGAUCGAUGUGAGAAGAAUAUUGACGACUGCGUAAGAGUGAAUUGUGGAAACGGUACCUGUGUUGACGGAGUAAAUAAGUACGCAUGUCGCUGCCAUGUUGGUUUUACGGGUUCCCUGUGUGAUCAACGACUGACUCGCUGCACCAAUCAGACGUGUUUCCCUGGUGUCACGUGUACAGAGAUUUCUGGUGGAGUAUCCUGUGGACCUUGUCCUGUGGGAUUCUCUGGGGAUGGGAAAACAUGCCUAGCCCAAACAACAACAAAAAGACCAACAACAUCACAGUCGUCGACAACCAAAGAAGCGAAAACAACCACAUUACGAUCUACCACAAAAUCUCGGACAACCACCGAACAUGUGGAAACGUCUACAAACCGACCUUUAACAAAAACAACAGUAGAGCAAGAAGAAACAACAGCUUCAGUGACUGAAACGCCAGCCACUUUUGAAACAUCAAGGUCCCCUUCCGCCACAGAACAAGUCAUUACAACUGAGGUUCCAGAAAAUCAAGUUACAAAAGCCGAAAUUCGCAUCUUAAAAGAAUGGACGGAAGAAUAUAGAGUAAAAACGAGUAAAGCUUACAUCGAUCUUGCACAAUACGUGGAAAACGAGAUUCAAAAGCUCUUCAAGAAAGCAAAAGAUAGCUAUUUUAAGAGCGUUACUGUAACUUCGAUCAGGCCAGGUAGCAUAAUUGUUGAAUUCCAGUUGACUUUCACAAAGGAGACCGCUGACCCUCUUAAGCAACUAAAGGAAGAAAUUAAAGAUGGAGAAAUGGGUAGUCUAAAAGUGGACCCUACCUCACUCAAAAUCAAAGAAGAGCGUUCAUACCGCGAUAAGACACCAGAGAAAGACAAUAACGUGAUGCUAGUCCUUGUGAGUGUGUUGAUUGGUAUGGUUGGUAUGGCUUUCCUUGUUGCUGUUGCAGUGAUUGUGCAUAGAAAGCUUAAGCGCCGUCCUGCCAUCAAUCCAAAUCAACUACCUUAUCUCAGCAAUGUCGAACUUAAGGAUAUGGAUGCGUGUCCAAAUGCUUACGAUAAUGUUGAAAAGGAGAUGGAUGAGUGUGCACAACACAUUUACAACGAAGUUCAACCCAAGGAGAUGGUCGUGUCUCCACAACACAUUUACAACGAGGUUGGACCCAAGAAGGUGGAUGUGUGUCCACACGCCUACGAUAACGUUCACUUCCAAACGUACGACCAAGAAAUAAAGAACACUUGAAAGACUUUUCUUAAUAGUCCCUUUCACAGUUCCCUGCGGCAUCUUGAAAGGUAGCCGUGCCUUUACAUCGAAGCGAGAUGAACGGGGAGCUUGCAAUGAUAGAGACCUUUUUUAAACACCUUGGACAAUUAUUCCUAUGUCUCUAUCAUUGCAAGCUCACCGUUCGUCUCGCUUCAAUGCAAAGGCACGGCUAACUUGCAAGAUGGCGCAGAGAACUGUGAAGGGGAUUGUUAGUUUUGCGAGGGAGAAGACUGAUCGAUAUAAUGCAUCAAAUAGUCGAUUAUUUCACAGUAUAAUCCAUGCUCAGCUUUGAUAGAUAAGCUAUUAAGUAUAAUGUUAUCUUAAUUUUUAGCCGCAGCGUCAGUUUAUGUCAUUAAUAUAUAAAAACCUAGCAAACUGUGCCCUUACUUUGGUCAGCCCAGAGUUUGUUUUAGGGUGUCGAUUUUUUGAAGUUAGUCAUCGUACAAGUUGAGAUUUUAAUUAUUUUCUAUAAGAUCRAAUUAAUCACAAUAGACAAAUCAAUCCAUAAACAUAUUUUAGCUAAAAGUCGCUGUUUUAUAGUGUCAGAUGUUUGCUAUCAGUAUAAUUGUACUGAACAAAUUAACUUUUCAUUUUA